UUCAGAACAUUUUUCAAUCAUUAGCUGAUCUAAGAAAGCAAGACUACUCAGAAGCUGAGCUAAAAGUAAUGCAUUUUGGGGCUAGAAAUUAGCAGCAGAACCUCACUAAAUAUGACAUGUAUAUAAUGAGACCCCAGGUAUAUUGUACAUAUUUCUGCAGUCAGAUGUAGGUUAUCUUUACAUCAAUCAUUAUAAAGGCCUCUGAACAAGUGAAAUAUUUAGAACAUUUAUUUUCAUUUAUUGAGUAUUUAAGAUAGUCGGGUUGAUUAAGAAAAAAAUAACUGUUUUGCAAAGAGACAGUGGGAUCUAAUCUUGUGCAGCUAGAGGAAAGGAGUCCCUCAGUCUGGUUUUUGCUCCCUGCUGGUUCCAUGUGUUGUCUUAUCUGUCGGUUUCUCAAAGUCCAUAGAGGAAAGUUCAUCCAUAGAGAAUUCUUUGGGAACCAUCCAAUAAGAAGGGUGAGUAUAAUGUCAAAUAUCACAUUAUUUUGAUUUCAACAUUUACAGUCCCUUUUACCAAAUUCCUGUAAACUCUGGCUCACCACAGAUGUCUCCCUCUUACCAGGCAGCCUUUCUUUUUAAAGUGCUGAAAGUGUGGGAGGCUUCCAAGCAAACACUGAUUUUUUUUUCCCCUGACAGAGUAGGGCUGAGCUGAGAGGUAUUUCAGCCCUGCUGGCUGCUGCAGGAGGAGGAAAGCUGCAGCUUCUACAGCUGGGUCCUACUACAGAUGAAGGCACAGCUGCAGUGAGAGAGAGGCAGUGGGCAGAGAGGGGCAGAAGUUGCUCUAGGAGAUAUUCUUGCUAAUCCCUGUUCCCACUUUCACUCUGCAGCAUUAAACCUUCCUCCAACUGAGAUAUUUUUUCCUCAAUUAUUAUUGGAGAGCAGAAGGAGGGGGAGUUUGUUCACACUUUUGUUGGAGAGAACAAACAUGUCCUUUUAAUCCUGAAUUUUAUUUACAGAUUUGAAACUCCAAUAUUAUAUGAUAUAAUUUUUGCUACUAAAUGAAGUAAUGGAUGCAUUCAGAGCAUUUGAAAAUGGGUCGCUCUUGUCCAGUUACUCUGCUCCUGUGAGGUGGGAUCCCUUCCGUCGGCCCUUGGACUCCAUCCCGCCCUGGCAGUUCAGGCUUCUGGCAGCAGUAAUGCUGGUGGUGACCUCCCUGUCACUUGCUGAGAACCUGGCUGUAAUCCUGGUAACUUGUAAGUUCAAGCAAUUGAGACAGCCUGUCAAUUAUAUUGUAGUCAAUUUGUCUGUGGCUGAUUUCCUGGUCUCAUUGACUGGUGGUACCAUCAGCUUUUUAACAAAUCUAAAAGGUUAUUUUUUUAUGGGAUACUGGGCUUGCGUAUUGGAAGGAUUUACUGUCACAUUUUUUGGCAUUGUAGCUCUCUGGUCUCUGGCUCUGUUGGCUUUUGAGCGGUACAUUGUGAUCUGCCGCCCGCUGAGAAAUACACGCUUGAGGGGGAAGCAUGCAGCUCUAGGUAUUGUCUUUGUGUGGAGUUUUUCCUUCAUUUGGACCAUUCCACCAACAACUGGUUGGAGCAGUUACACCACCAGUAAGAUUGGAACUACUUGUGAGCCUAACUGGUACUCAGGAGCUAAUGCUGACCGUACAUACAUCAUUACGUUCUUCACCACCUGUUUUAUAGUACCCUUACUGGUGAUUCUGGUAUCCUAUGGAAAAUUAGUGCAAAAGGUAAAAAAGGUGUCAUAUGCACAAGGAAAGCUGGGAGCUACCAGGAGAACUGAAAGACGAGUGACUAGAAUGGUUGUUUUUAUGAUCAUUGCCUUUCUAAUCUGCUGGAUGCCAUACGCUACCUUUUCUAUCCUAGUCACUGCAUAUCCCUCCAUUGAGCUGGAUCCUUGUCUGGCAGCAAUUCCGGCUUUCUUUUCCAAAACAGCUACAAUUUAUAAUCCAAUUAUUUAUGUCUUUAUGAACAAACAGGUACUGUAUGCUCUCAGAGUGUCUCUAACACUCAUAUUUUGCGAUUUUGUCUUGCUUUAUGAUGAAUUAUUUCUACCUGCCUACGUGUUAGCUAACAAGCAUUACGAUAUCCAGCAUUUCAAAUGAACAAAUAAUCUGCCUGGUGGAAAACAGUGUAAACCUCUGAGCAUUAUUGGA